AUGCACUUACACGCCGAAGUCAAAUUGAGAUGCGAACAGUUGAGCCUGGAACGCAUCUUCCCAAGGGGCUUCUAUGUUUGGACGGAUAACAUCUGGGAUGACAACGCCUGGUCAGACCCUGUUUACUUUGACAACCCUGGAUUCGAUCAGGAUCUGUUCUGGGAUGACAACGACAAGGUUUAUCUCUCUACCACAGUGCGUAUGAGCAAGCGAACGCCAGGACUGAAAAUGAAAGACUUCGCAAUCCACAUCUCGGAGAUCGACAUCACUACGGGGAGGACACUCACACCCCCUCAAGUCAUCCGUGAGUCUCCGCACGGAAUAGCUGAAGGUUCCCACAUCGUUCGCAAGGGGAGGUACUACUACCUGUUCACUGCCGAGGGCGGCACCGAAGCGGGCCACCAGGAAUGGGUUUUCAGGAGUGACAUCGGCCCAUACGGUCCAUGGGAGGGGCAAGGACAGGCUUUGUGGUACAACGGCCCCGAAGAAGAGGUACAGAGAACCGGUCACUGCGACAUAUUUGAGGACGGUGAUGGCAGAUGGUGGGCGGUGAUGCUAGGUGUUCGGCCCGUGAAGUCCGAGGGCAAGUAUAUCGAGCCCCAGAUGGGCCGUGAGACAUUCCUCGUUCGGGUCGAUUGGGUAGACGACUGGCCCAUAUUCAACCAGGGUCGCAAUAUCACUCUCCGAACUGUCGGCAGGGAGCACGUCCAGAAAGCACCAGUGGCAAACGCAGUCGGGGUGAGAUGGAGGGCGGACCUAUCAAAGUCUAGCCUCGAGCUUGGUUGGUACCAUAAGAACACACCUAUAAAGCCUUGCUACAGCCUCACUGAGCGUCCGGGGUAUCUCAGGUUAUUCGGAAACUGUUUCGACCUCAACAGCCCAGAGUCUCCUGCGAUGUUGCUCAGGAAACAGACGUCAUACAACGAGUCGUUCAGGGCGGAGAUGAUUUUCAAACCCAGCAGAGCAGGAUAUGAGUCUGGCAUCACCGUCUGGUGGAGCCAGUAUUCAUACGCUACCAUCGGAAUCGCGGCGGUGCGGGAAGAUGACGGAAGCCUGGCUGUUCCGAAAAUUGUGACAAGAGAGCCUACAGGCAAGGUCAGCGAACUCAAGGUUGGUUACCCGGUUCUUCGAUCCAAGACCUCAGCAUGCCCGGGACUGGACUUGGAUCACCAUGUGCAGCUGGCCAUCGCCGCGCAGCCGACCAAAUACGAGAUGAGUCUUGACAUCGGCGGAAUUAUGGCAAACGUAUCGUUCAAAUCCGAAGAUUUGACCAUAUAUCCUCCUGUGGGUGGAGCAUUCUGCGGAGUUAUGUUCGGGGUAUAUUCGUGUGGUCAGAGCGAACCCGUUCUUGAUCCUUCCGACUUCACGAACAUUGAGAUCCUGGAAACGGAAGAACGAUGA